AUGAAGAAGACACAGAACAUUACAGAUUAUUCCACUUCAGACCUCCCUGAUAUCUGCCUGAACCUGCUGCCUGUUACCAGCUAUACCAUCAGCAUCACUGCACUGUGCAGGUUCACUUCCAUGGUCACAGCUAACACCAGCCUACAAGUUCCUCAAACCAAAUACAUCUUUAUAGAGAAGUUGUGGCUCCAUUGCCACUGUGGCUACACAGAUCAGCUAACACUGUGGACCCAUUUCUUCCAAGUGGCACUGGAGGAGACCCAUGUGUUUGAUUGCAGCUCUCCUAAGAAUCCAGUCUCCUCCAGUCAGAGGAAGUCCCAUGGACAGUGCGUCACUGCCCAGGUCCAUCUGAGGGAUGAGGGGAAAGAGAUGACCCUAACUGUGGCCGACGGAACCUACUAUGAUGUCUUCUACAACGCGCCACUACAGAAUGGCAGAGACUAUUACAUCAUAUCACAAGCUGCUUCUACUAGUCUCAAAUUGACCAUGAACUGGCUGGCCCUGCCAAUGCCCUACCAUCUGGGUAGCAGUGACCUCUACCCCCACACUGGUAACCCCCCUGAGGUCACCUACAGGAAACCAUGGAGCAGAGAUCUUGUCAUGCCAGAGGAGGUUCUGUUUGCUGAUCACUUGCCACAGUUCAGGAAACAUCUGCCCUCCAUGAAAGCCAAGUUGUCCAGACUGAGGAAUCUGCCUGUGUCAGAUCCUCUUCUCAGCUCCACUGGAGGCACCCUGUCAGAGGAAGCUAUAUUCAGGCACUGUGUGGCCUAUGAGGUACCCCUUGAUGCAGAGACGGAAAGCUCCAAAACCUGUUCAAACACUGACGAGGACUUUAGCAAAGAGUCGUUGUUGAAUGAAGAGUCUCUGAUGUUACCUGUUGAAAUGGACACCUGCACACCCAAGAGGGAAGAUUGCCUCCCUUUUUCAAAUAUUCCUAAACUAUUGAAUGUUGUACCUGAAUUGAUAGAGGAGCGAACCUCUUGCCUGGAUAUGCUCACUAAAGCAACUCCCCCAGAUGCACUGGAGUCAGUGGACAUAUCCCAGUUUGAAGUGCCAAGGCUGCCAGUCAAUGACUCUCACUGUGACAUUAAUGAAAUGCUGCUGGAUCUCAAGUCAUCAGAUCACUUGGUGUUGCCUACUCAGAUGGAGAUGGACCUACCCCUCACCCCCUCUCCCAAGCCCAACCUGACCCAGCUCUGUCUGGCCUCCUCCCAACUCCCAGCUGAGCAGAUCUCUCCACUCUAUAGAUAUUAUUUUGUGUCUGAGAAAGAUCAGGAGGAGAUGGAAGAGGCACUUUGGAGGGCAGAGAAGCACCUUGACUUGGUAGUGGGCUUUCUUUUGGCAGAGCCUCAGAAGUCAGAAUCCGUUGUGCAGCUCCAGCCUUUGACCGAAGUCUUAUUAGGGAUUGGUCGGGACAACUCUGUGAGACUCGAUGAAGGAAAGGAACUAUCACUUCUGGGAACAAACUCACCAGAACUGAUAGGGAUGUUUGGGAAUGGUUCCUCUGACUUCACUGAGAGUAUGAUGAUCUCAGACCAACCCCACCUUAUGGAGACAUUGAGCAGUAUGAUAGAGGACUUCACACUACUAUCACCCUGCCAGAUGGACAAUAUAUUGAGGGAAUCUGUAGAUGACUCUGAGUUGUCAGGCCCACCAAGUGAGAUCAAAGGCAGGUCUAUCCUGAAGAAUGCAACGCCCAUGGUUGUGCCGUAUCAUCAGGAGAGAGAGGGAGCUGGGAACAUAGUCGUUUCAGCACCAGCUGUUGCCACUUCCCAGGAGAGAGAGAGGACCGGGAAUGUGACCCUCACAGCCCAAGCAUCUACUUCUUCCCAAGAGAAAGAGAGAUCUGGGACUGUGGUCUUUUCAACGCAGGCUGUUUCAACUUCUCGUGAGAAAGAGAGAGCUGGGAGUGUGGCCAUCUCAGCAGCACAGGCUACCACCACUACUUACCUGGAGAAGUUAAACCAUGCCGUUAGACCUCAGAAGAAGGAGGGUUUACCUGACCAGAGAGCUAAUGUAUCCAAACUCCCAACCCCCAGACCCAGUGUGAGAGACCGUCACAUGAGUCUCCCAGUGGCUAAACCUCAGAAGGACUUAGACCCUCUGUCCACUUUCAUGAUGUUAAGGGCCCAACAGAGAACCUACGUCUCGGUGUCGCCUCAGAACCAUACAAGCACCCCAGUGGCACAGGUGGAGCAGCAGACACCACAACCACCUAAAACAGAAAUGAGGCCUGGCUUCGAUGUAAAGCCUGUUGCCUAUGCAGUCACAGGAAAUGACAUCAGAGACCUUGAGGAAAUCAUUCAGCCUGUCCCUGAGGACAGACAUAACAGCAAAGUCAUACACGUCCAAGCCACAGAGAGUCAGUUCUGGGCAUACAGAGAGCUGCAGGCGUUUGCUCUGCCCUGCCUGUCCAAAGCCAGGGAGUUGGGACUGACCAACACAGCCUGUGGAGACUACAGCACCCUGUACCCGGACCACACACGUUUCCUACUGAAACAGCAGGAGAAGGAGCUCAGCAUUCGACAGGGCCAGGACCCAGAGGCUUUGUUUAACUAUGUGGCACUGAUACAUGUCCUUGUGACAGUGAAGGACCUGCUCUUCAAAUGUGACCUCAGCACUGCAGUGGAGUACCUAUCCAAAGCCACAGAGGCCUGCGCGGGGCAGAGUCUGGACAAGCUGGUGAGAAAGCUGGAGAUUGUUCUAUAUCUCAGUCAGAAAAAACAAGAGGCCAACCCUAAAUUGGAACUGCAGGAACAGCUGACCACAUGGGUGCAGAGCAAGAGCAAAGGGGUCCAAAACUCCAAUGUUCUGGUGAUAAUAACAAUGGACUUGGACUGUGCCAGAGCUAUGCUCAUUAAAGCCCUAAGCCAAGUCACAGGUGAUACUGUAGCUACAGUGUAUCCUGAGGAGAGUCGAAGUAAGCUGGAGGGUUCGAAAGUUCUAGAUAGCCUGCAGCGUAGCUGCUGUGUGGUGGUGUGUAGUCAGCACAUGGGAGCAGACUUCCCCUGGGACUGUUUCUCCCUGGUGGUGGAGUACAGCAACACAGAACACUCGCCCUGGGCUGCCAUCUGCACAGAGAGGAACAUCACACACAUCACCUUCCAGACCAGGAUACCUAAUUCCUCUGUGAGUGACCCUGAGUCUUGGUCCCUGGAGCAGAGUGUCCCCUUCGUGUUGUUUGUGACCGAGGGUCUGCUCAGCUGUCCUCUGUUGCUUCAGAUACUGGAAUCAACGUGUAAUAUGACUGUAUUGGAGAGGAGCCAUUCUCAGUCCUUGCAGAUGCUUGGAGGGACUCACCACUAUGCUGUGAUUACAGUAGACGAAAGCACUGCAGUCAUCAUUCAAGAGCAGGAGGAGCUGUGUCAGGAGCGGGCCUGUGAGAGUCUAGUGAUUCGACUGACUGCUCUGUCUCUGCAGUACAGCUGCUGCUGGCUCAUCCUUCACUGCCAGCAGGACUCUGGGUUGACCAGUGAGGGCUUCAACAACCUGGUGUUGGUCUACUCCUCUCUGGUGCUGUUUGGCCUCAAGACUGAGGACCUGGAUGUCAAGGUGCUGAUUGUAUCAGAAGUGGUGGACAUUGCCAAAUGGAUCUGCCAGAUAGCCUUCCAUACACUGCUGUCCAGUGACAGAGAUCCUCUCAGCUACCUGGACAGAGAGUGGCUUUCUGUGAUUUCCUCAAAGGAGGAGAGGUGCCUCUUAGGUUUCCCCUGUGUGAACCCUUUGGUGGCCCAGCUGAUGUUGAGUAGGGGCCCCUCUCUCCACUGGCUCCUGGGGGCCUCCCUCUCCCAGCUGCAGGAGCUGCUCCCUGAGGUCCCUCACAAAGUUGUCAAGCUCUUCAGUGACACCACGUCUCUGUACAAGCUGACUGCGGCUGCCUCCUCCACAGAGUCUCACACUGACUUCACCCAUCAGAAAGACCACAAUAGCCCCACUGAGCCUUGGGCCACAAGUAGAGACAAUCAAUACACACACACCGACACUCAUACAAGCCGCAAUCCACAUGCCGACUGCAACCGUCACAUACACCGCGACCCAGAACCAUUCAACUCCAUCUGCUUCCUCGCUGGCUCCCCCAGUGCUGAGAGUGUAGCGGGGAGCUUCUAUGAAGAAAGCUCUGUCAUGACCAAGGAAGACGGUGCAGACUUCCAGGUGGACUUGAGUCCCUCCUUCGGCUCCCAGCAGGCCCCUUUUCAGCACACCUGGAGCCACAACCCAUGGGAGGUAGAGGAGAGCAAUGAGCUGAAGUUUGCAGGCUGGAAUGGAGGAGGAGAGGAGUGGACGGGCAGCGCACCCCUGCACCAGGAGUCCUGUGGCUCCCCCAGAAACUACGCGCCAGAAAAUCAAUUUCCGACGGGCAUCUCAUCCUCAUUCAGCUACAGCACCAACACACAGAGACCAGCGUACUCCGACAACCAGAUGUACUCGUUCUCUACAGUAGGGUACAGUGACCGGCUGCACUACCCUGAUGUCAGCCACUACCCCAGCCUGGCCUCGCCUAGAGGAGCUCUGGCAUGGGGGGGCAGUAGCAGUGGCAGACCCUACAGCACUGCCCUGGGGAGGGGAGACAUGAGUGUGUCACCUGACUAUGGGACCAGUUACAGAACGGGGAUGGAGAGGAAGAGGAGAGCAGAAGGCCCAGAGAUGGCUGGCACAGUUUUAACACCAUUGAAGAGGGGAAAGCUCAGUUAUGAGAAGGUGCCAGGCCGAAGUGAUGGACAGACAAGACUAAGGUUUUUCUAAAAUGUCUCAUAUUUAUGAAGUGGCAAAAUAGUAAGAAUGACCUGAAUGAACAGAAAACUCUUAAAACUUACAAGGAUAGAAUCCUGUCAGUCCCUUGCCCUGUCUACAACUAGUGAUAUUCAGUAUGUAAGAAAUACAGGUACAGUGCCUUCCAGAAAUUAUUCAUACCCCUUGACUUAUUCCACAUUUUGUGUGUUACAACCUGAAUUCAAAAUGGAUUACUUUUAUUUUGUUUGUCACCCAUCUAUACACAAUACCAGAUAAUGACAAAAAGAAAAUGUGUUUUUAGAAAUCUUGGGAAAUGUAUUGAAAAUGAAAUACAGAAAUAUCUUAUUUACAUAAGUAUUCACACCCCUGAGUCAAUACUUUGUAAAGCACCUUUGGCAGCAAUUACAGCUAAGUCUUUCUGGGUAAGUCUCUAAGAGCUUUCCACGCCUGGAUUGUGCAACAUUUGCCCAUUUUAUUUAUUUAAAUAUUCUUCCAGAUCUGUCAAAUUGGUUGUUGGUCAUUGUUAGACAACCAUUUUCAGGUCUUGCCGUAGAUUUAAAUCAGAAGUAUAACUUGGCCACUCAAGAACAUUCAGUUUCUUAUUGGUAAGCAACUCCAGUUUAUAUUUGACCUUGUGUUUUAGGUUAUUGUGCUGCUAAAAGGUAAAUUAAUCUCUCAGGAUCUGUUGGAAAGCAGACUGAACCAGGUUUUCCUCUAGGAUUUUGCCUGUGCUCCAUUCAGUUUAUUUUUUAUUCUGAAAAACAUAACAUGAUGCAGCCACCACUAUGCUUGGAAAUAUUGAGAGUGCUACUCAGUAAUGUGUUGUAUUGGAUCUGUCCCAAACAUAAGACUUUAUAUUUAGGACAUAAAGUGAAUUGCUUUGCCACGUUGUUUUUGCAGUAUUACUUUAAUCACUUGUUGCCAACAGGUUGCAUAUUUUUUAAUAUUUGUAUUCUGUACAGGCUUCCUUCGUUUCACUCUGUCAAAUUGGUUAGUAUUGUGUAGUAACUACAAUGUUGUUGAGCCAUCCUCAGUUUUCUCCUAUCAUAGCCAUUAAACUCUGUAACUGUUUUUGGCCUCAUGGUGAAAUCCCUGAGCGGUUUCCUUCCUCUCCGGCAACUGUGUUAGGAAAGACGUCUGUAUCUUUGUAGUGACUAGGUGGAGUGACUAGGGAUAUUCAAUGUCUUGCUUUAUUUGAUUUUUUACCCAUCUAACCAUAGGUGCCCUUCUUUGCGAAAACCUCCCUGGUCUUUGUGGUUGAAUCUGUGGGUGAAAUUCACUACUCGACUGAAGAACCUUACAGAUAAAUUGUAUGUGUUGGGUUCAGAGAUGAGGUAGUCAUUCAAAAAUCAUUUUAAAUGUUAUUAUUGCACACAGAGUGAGUCCAUACAAGUUAUUUAGGCUUGCCACAACAAAGGGGUUGAACACUUCUUGACUCAAGACAUUUCAGCUUUUCAUUUUAAAUGUUUAAUUCCACUUUGACAUUAUGGGGUAUUGUGUGUAGGCCAGUGACACAAAAUCUCAAUUUAAUCCAUUUAAAAUUCAGGCUGUAACAUAACAACAUUUCUAAAAAGUCAAGGGGUAUGAAUACUUUCUGAAGGCUCUGUAAUAUACCAUAGGUUCUUGAGUGUUUUAUAGGACACUAUUAAAUGUUCAACUGUUGUUAGGAAAAUAAUCAUACAUUUUUGUUUAAGUUGUUUUUUUAAUAAAAAUGUUGUGAAUCUUUUUAUAAGAAGGAUGCGUGUAAACAGUUUUGUGUAAUUUUGGCUUUUACAAAUUGAUAUAAAAAUAUGACGUUAAAGAUACUGAAAUGUUG